AUGGUCCAUGACUUAUCAUCUUCUCAUUCAUUCAUCCAUCAUCAUCCAAAUACCCAUCUUCCGUUAACCGCCCACUAUCCCUCAGGCACCUUAUCACUGGAGAACCUGGAGACGAACAUGAUCAUCGUUGAGGCUAAGACCGAACGGGUAUUUGGCAAGGGCAAGACGCAGCUUCUUGCCUACAUGGGUAAGUCAACUGCUUCAUACCAAGAACCUUACUAA